AUGAAGCUUUCCACGCUGACAGGUGUCUCCCUGAUGUCGGUGUCCGCUGGGUGGCUAUGGUUCCUACAGCGUCUGCUCGAGGACCAGGGGAAGAGAAAGUCUGCUUGUGAUUUCGACGGCUCGGCCUCGAUUCAGUCUCCCAAGGAUCUAUCUGGUACCUGCAAGUCUUUGGUUAGCCAGGCGGGAUCGGCGGGGACAGGCAAGGUCACUUCUCAUCCUACUGGUGGUGGUAGCGCGGCUAGUACCUCUACUUCUGAGGGCGCGUCUUCUGGUAUUGUGAGCCCUGUUGCUGUGAGAGUGAGUGGUUGGUUUGGGGUGGCGUACUUUGUUGCGGCGGCUGUGGCGGGUUUCUUGAUGGUUUCUCUGUAA